AUGCAAUCUCAGCAGCGUGGCGUAGUAGAAGUACUAGCAUCAGUCAGACAACAACUAGAAAAACGUGGAGCUCGUGGAAUCCGUGAAUUAGGCCGUACUUUUAGAGCCUUAGAUUCUUUCGAUGGCAACAAAAAGGUUGACCCUCAAGAAUUUGCAGUUGGACUUCGUGAAAAUGGGGUAGUUUUAUCCUCACAAGAAGCCUCAAUCCUUUUCAGAUAUUUUGACAAAGAUGGAGACGGAAGCGUUAACUUCGAUGAAUUUCUGGUCGGGAUAAGAGGCAGUCCUAACGGCAGAAGGCAAGCACUUAUUGAUAAAGCCUUUCUAAAAUUCGAUCGUGAUGGCAACGGUUACAUUGAUGCGGCCGAUUUAAGAGGAGUUUACAACUGCCAGUUCCAUCCUAAAGUCCAAAGAGGGCAAAUGACUGAAGAUCAAGCAUUGACUGAGUUUUUAAGCAGCUUCAAUGACAGAAAUAGAGAUGGAAGAAUUACGAAAGAUGAAUGGGAUGAGUAUUACGCAGCAGUUAGCUCAUCAAUUGACAACGACGACCAUUUUGUGCAACUUAUGAAAACAGCUUGGAGACUUGACUAACUCUUAAAUAAUUAAUUUUUUAUUUUUAACACCUUAACACCCUAACACCCUGAUAUUUUUAAUUAAUAGUCUGAAAGAGUAA